UCAGAGUCAGCCUGAAUCCUUCAGUUGUUUAUUGAACAGAUUGAAUGAACAUAAAUAUGGCACCAACUCCAUCCUCACCCACCCGCCCACUGACUCUUUUACUACUUACGACUAAUGAUACCACGACAACUGGGAUAUAACAUCAGUACCAUUCAUAGGCGAUAAAACUGAUCCUUUGCAUAUUAUAUUCUUGCAAGACUACUCAGCAACGCUCGGCAGAAUGCUGUGCAGUUCAUGUGGUUCACCAGCAACGACACAAGAUUCCAGCAUCCCUAGAGCAAAUACGACGGUGGCGGAUCGCCGUCGUGAGCAGAAUCGCCUGGCCCAACAACGUUUCCGACAGAAAAAUCGAGGACGUAGAGCCUCACCCGCGCAAGAUCAAUCGAAUCCACAAACCAGCGCCUCAAAUGCCCUUGACGACAUCAAUCCAAUAGCCCCCAGCGCAUUGACGCCAGUCACACCACCUAGCAUAAUCUGUUCGAGUCGGAGGCAGUCCUCGAUAAGCCGUUUCGAGGACAGUCGAGGAGACAGUGUGAUUGAUGAUUUCUUUCUGGAUCCUAACGCCAACUGCGGGACGAACAAAGAUAUUACGCCCGACUUCUGGACAUCGACACUGAAAGGGACGGCUCCCUUUGCUGCUGCUACUACUCCCCUUGCCCUCCCUUCGGAGCUGAGAGACUGUCAAGAACGUCAUACAACAAGGAACCCGAGUGAUCCUGUCGAUAACAACGAAAGUGGCAGAGCGCGAGCAGGACAGACUGUGCUUCAUCGAGCAGUGCAGACGGGGAAUAGCAAAGUCGUCCGCCUUUUACUCGAGCAUAACGCAGAUUGCAACUCGAAGGAUAACGCUGGUCUUACACCUCUGUUGUGCGCGGUAAUUGGGGGCCAUGAAGAAAUAUUAGAGCUAUUGCUAUCGCACGGGGCCGGUAUGGGCCAUGUUGAUAAUGCUCAUUGGUCGGCCCUUCAUUGGGCUGUGUUCCAUAAUCGUCAUAGGAUACUGGAACGGCUUCUGAGCUGCUGCGGUGGGGACUCUUCGUUGCUCAACAUACGAAACAAGGAUGGAGAAACACCACUAUCAGUUGCGGUUGGUGCUGGAAGUGAGGUGGCUGUGAAGCUGUUGCUAGAAUUUGGGGCCACGGUCAACCUAUAGUGAGUAUUUAGAUCUCCGCGUAUAAAAGUCACCACCAUAAUCGCAAAUAAAUUAGCACAUAUCAUCUUUUGCCCCCAAGCCUAAAAUCGAUUCUUCGUUCUUUCAUUCUAUCAGUGCGUCCUACCCACCUCUCUGGACGGAAAGUACUGACACCCCGGCCGUAUACGUCCUCAUCUCGUCCUCCGACGGCGGCGUUCAUACAGAUUGUUCAUCCGGGCGGGAUGUACAAUCCUGAUAGCUCAAUCUUAGUCUGAUCCAUGACUCGAGGCAUAGCGAAUCCCACACCAGCUUGUAACCGCAAUGCCUCGUUGAUUGUUGCCUUGAAAAGUGGGAGCUGAACGGCCGGAAAAUCGGAUAAUUUCCCGCUCUCCACGGCUUGGUCAACCACCUUCCGAAGCUCUUUAUAUAUGUUAGAAGCAUUUUUGCAAGGUAAUAGAAGUAAGAUUGCUUUCAGCUUAAUCAUUGUGGUUGCGUCUGCGCCUGCUGCCCUACCGAAAGGGGUGUAGCAGCAGAUUUUAAUAAUAUGCGUGAUUUAUGUAACGUAUUUCCCGGGUCAUCCGGCCACCCGGCCACCCGGCCACUGUAGAAUAACUGGUAAGAUAUUCGUAUGAAACGAUAUCAAAA